UACGAAUCAUCUAUUCAAUAUGCAUAAAACACAGUUUAGUCUCAUUGUUUUAGUGCUAUUGAAUGUUUAUGGAAAUCGAGCCAUCUUUUGGAAUAUAGAAAACUCUGAACUACUAGUUUUACACAAUGCAUAUAGAAGGGAUAUAAAGUAUGGUACUGUUCUCGAUCAACCAAAAGCAGAUAGUAUGCUCAAACUACAAUGGAGUCAUAAAUUGGCUAAACUAGCUCAAGCAUGGGCAUUUCAUUGCGUGCCAACAAGAAGUAACUUAACCAUGAGGGAUGGUUCAAAAUGGACAUAUGUCGGCCAGAAUAUUGCUGUCGUUUCUAAAGUUAGAGACGCAGUGUCUGUGUGGUUUGACGAACAUAAGAACUACAAUUUCAAUAAAAAUAUUUGUCGGCCAAAUAAAACCUGUGCAAAUUACAAACAAUUAGCAUUUGCCGAUACCACACAUAUUGGAUGUGGGUUUGCAAAGUGUAAAAAUCUAGAAGCACCAAAUAACAUACUUGUUGUUUGCAACUAUGGACCAGGGGGUAAAUAUAUCAAUAGGAAACCUUAUGAACCCAGAUUUUAUGAGGAUUUACCCUAUUUCAUUAUAGUCUAAUAACCGAAUAUCACUGAUGUUCAUGUAUGAAAACAGAAUAAUGUUUAAAAUAUUUUACACUUUAACACAGUAUGGUUUAAAUUCAUAAUUAGAUAGAAUGUAUGAAUAACUGUUUGGUUAAUUAUAAGAAUGAUUAAAAUAUUUCAAAAUCAAAA